GAGGCGUUUGGCUUUGGAUUUGGGGGGAAGGUGAUGGGGGAGUUGCAGACUGCAGGAAUCAGGGCGCUGACACUGGGCGUGGACCCCGUCAUUGUUCCUGGCCGGCUCUUAUCUCCCAGGAGCAAGUAUCCUGUGUGCGCAGUGCAUGAAUGUAUCUGGGCAUCUCGCGUAUAUUUAUAUAGCGAGUGAUGCGAAAAGCAGGGCUAGGCGAGGAGAGGAAGAGGGGGUGUGGGGGAGGGAAGACAAGAGAGAGCAGAGAAGAGAGAGGAGAGGGCGAGAGAGAGAGAGAGAGAGAGAGAGAGAGAGAGAGAGAGAGAGAGAGAGAGAUAGGACUUCCUCCCCGAUCGCAAAGUGAAGUCACUUCCCAAAAUUAGCUGAAAAAAAGUUUCAUCCGGUUAACUGUCUCUUUUUCGAUCCGCUACAACAACAAACGUGCACAGGGGAGCGAGGGCAAGGCGCUCGCAGGGGGCACUCAGAGAGGGCCCAGGGCGCCAGCGAGGCCGCGCCGGGCUAAUCUGAAGGGGCUGCGAGGUCAGGCUGUAACCGGGUCAAUGUGUGGAAUAUUGGGGGGCUCGGCUGCAGACUUGGCCAAAUGGACGGGACUAUUAAGUACUGCUGCAGCCCGGCGAUCUGCCGACUCCCGGCUGCUCUGCUGCUCGGCUGCUCGCAACCAAGAGGGGCCCGCCUCGCUGCUCUUCCUAGCCCGGUGGCUUCUCUGCGCCCCAGAUCUCAGACUCGGAGGCUCUGUCAGUGGUGAGUGACGACCAGUCCCUCUUUGAUUCAGCAUACGGAGCAGCAGCCCAUCUCCCCAAGGCAGACAUGACUGCUUCGGGCAGUCCUGACUACGGGCAGCCCCACAAAAUCAAUCCCUUGCCGCCACAGCAAGAGUGGAUCAACCAGCCAGUGAGGGUCAGCGUCAAGCGGGAGUAUGACCACAUGAAUGGGUCCAGGGAGUCUCCGGUGGACUGCAGUGUCAGCAAAUGCAACAAGCUGGUGGGCGGAGGUGAAACCAACCCCAUGAACUAUAAUAGCUACAUGGACGAGAAGAAUGGCCCCCCUCCUCCCAACAUGACCACCAACGAACGGAGAGUCAUUGUGCCUGCAGACCCCACACUGUGGACUCAGGAGCAUGUUCGACAAUGGCUGGAGUGGGCCAUAAAGGAAUACGGCUUGAUGGAGAUUGACACCUCCUUCUUCCAGAACAUGGAUGGCAAGGAACUGUGUAAAAUGAACAAGGAGGAUUUCCUCCGAGCCACCUCCCUCUACAACACAGAAGUGCUGCUGUCACACCUCAGUUACCUCAGGGAAAGUUCACUGCUGGCCUAUAACACAACCUCCCACACAGACCAGUCCUCACGAUUGAACGUCAAGGAAGACCCUUCUUAUGACUCUGCCAGGAGAGGAGGAUGGAGCAAUAACAUGAACUCUGGCCUCAACAAAAGUCCUCCCCUUGGAGGAGCACAGGCCAUGGGCAAGAACACUGAGCAACGACCCCAGCCAGAUCCUUAUCAGAUCCUGGGCCCAACCAGCAGCCGCCUUGCCAACCCUGGAAGUGGGCAGAUCCAACUGUGGCAGUUCCUCCUCGAGCUACUGUCUGACAGCGCCAAUGCCAGCUGUAUCACCUGGGAGGGGACCAAUGGGGAGUUCAAAAUGACGGACCCUGAUGAGGUGGCCAGGCGCUGGGGAGAGCGGAAGAGCAAACCCAACAUGAAUUACGAUAAGCUGAGCCGGGCCCUUCGAUAUUACUAUGAUAAAAACAUUAUGACCAAAGUGCAUGGCAAAAGGUAUGCCUACAAAUUUGACUUCCAUGGCAUUGCCCAGGCCCUGCAGCCACAUCCGACUGAGUCAUCCAUGUACAAGUAUCCUUCUGAUAUCUCCUACAUGCCUUCCUACCACGCCCAUCAACAGAAGGUGAACUUUGUCCCUCCCCACCCCUCCUCCAUGCCCGUCACUUCUUCCAGCUUCUUCGGAGCAGCAUCCCAAUACUGGACCUCCCCCACUGCUGGGAUCUACCCCAACCCCAGUGUCCCCCGCCAUCCUAACACCCAUGUGCCUUCACACUUAGGCAGCUACUACUAGAACUUAACAUCAGUGGCCUUCUGGCUGAAGCUCCAGCCCUUACUUUUUUUUUUUUUUUCCUGGAUAUUCUGGACUCUGAAGGACAUAAGUAGCCUUGAAGAGACAAGAAAACUGGAUGUUCUUUCUUUUGGAUAGAACCUUUGCAUUUGUUCUUUUAAGAAUGAUUAUUUUUAUGUUUAAAAACUUUUGCUUCCUCUACCUGAAAAAAAAAAAAAGAAAGAAAGAAAGAAAAGUAUCAUUCCAUGGGCCAGUACACCAGUUUGGAUUCUCACCCAGCUAUCAUCUAACGAGUUAGAUGUUUAGGUUACUGGAUCGGUUAUACCAUGGUUCUGAGAAAGAAGUAUACAUUUUAUAUAUAUAUAUUUUAUGACCAAAGUAGUUUCUUACCAGCACACGGGUCUCAUCAUUGUAGGAUUCCAUAGAAUAAUGAAUCAUGGACUUGACCAGGAAUGAUCUGGUUUAAGACAAUGAAAAUCAAGGCAGAAUGUUUAUGAUCUUAGGAGGACUGAAUUCAGCAGAUGGCAACUGGAACACUGGCCGUGAGGCCGGUCAAGUUUUUGCCCAACUGGAAUUUCUAAGAAAGAUGUGUGUGUAUGUGUGUAUUUAAGAAGCCAUGAGUAUUACAAAACCCCUCGCAAUGGGCAAUAUGAGCUUGCCUGACCAUUCCCUCCAGGAAUAGUCAGGAUAUGAACCAAGAAGGUUUAAUACAAACACAGACACUCGUGAAGGACAGAGGGUUAAAUAACUAUUUUUUUUUUUUAAUGACAGUGGGUCCCAGAACUUUGAAAAGUCAUAGGGAUUUCUAAACUCAGACAGAUUCGCAAGCGCUGUGCGUUUGUCAGACCACCAGACCGCGGUCAACCAAUCAGAAGGCAACUAACUGUAUAAAUUAUGCAGAGUUAUUUUCCUAUAUCUCACAGUAUUAAAAAAAAUAAGUAAUUAAAAAUUAAAGAGUAAAUAAACGAGUUGACCUCGGUCACAAAUGCAGUUUUACUAUCAAAUCGAUCAUUGUUAUUUUUUUAAAUAUAAUUUGUACAUCUUUUGUCAAUCUGUACAUUUGGGCUAUUUGUACUUUUUUAUAGCUGGGUUUUUUUUUAAUAAGCAUAAUGUGACUAUUGAUGAAAAGAAAACGGGGAGUUAAAAGUCCCUGAGUUCUUAGGAAGAAAAGCAGUGCUGCAGUUAUUUAACAAGCUUGCCCAAACAAGAGAAAAGAUCCAUCUAGAUCUACAGUGCUUUAGAAGUGUUUGUAAAUAACAGAGCUGCAAUAACCUGAUAAGAAAAAACACACUCUGCCUCGUGCACACGAGGGACUCUCCUGCUUUAUAUAUGCAAUAUAUUUUUAGAUGUGAAAAUAUAUAUAAUUUUUCAGGUAAUCGUGACUUUUAAAACUAUAUAAAGUGUUAGGCUGACAACUGUCCAAUGAAGACCACAUUGUAAAAUAAUUUGACCUUAAUAAAUUGUGCCUUCUUCUUCUCUCAGAA